AUGAGCAACUGCAAUGUAGCUUCCACGCCAUUAAAAACUAGAGAAAAGUUGAGGAAGGAGAUAGAUGAUGAGUUUGUAAGUGUAAAACUAUACAAAGAGAUCAUUGGAUCCUUGAGGUACAUUUGCAAUACUAGGCCAUAUAUAUGUCAAAGUGUCAGAUUAUUGAGCAGAUUCAUAGAGAAACCCCAAGAAUAUCAUCUCAUAGCAGCUAAGAGAGUGUUGAGAUACAUUAAAUGUACAAUUGAUCAUGGUGUGUUGAUGUCAAGACAAAAGAAAACCAGCCUAGAUGCAGAGGUAUAUGGCUACAAUGAUUCAGAUUUUAGUGGAGAUCAAGACGAGAAGAAGAGUACUGCAGGCUACAUAUUCAUAAUUGAAGGUGCUCUAAUCUCUUGGAGCUCGAGGAAGCAAAGAAUUAUGGUUUUUUCAUCAUGUGAAGCUAAGCACAUAGUUGCAUCUUAUGCAUCAUAUCAGGAAGCAUGGAUAAAGAUGUUGCUCGAAGAGCUCAAGAUUAUGUAA